UUUUGACUCUUGUCCUAAAACCCUAGAAAGAGUUUAGCGCUGUUUCUGUUUUAGAGAAAAAAGAAUGGGGAGGAAGAGAAAGCACAGCGAGGCGGAAGCGGCGGCUCCGGUGAAGGACGAUUCUGCUCCGGAGAGACCUAAGAGAACUCUUUUGGGUUGGAAAGAUAAGAAAGAAGAUGUGGAGGAAGCUAAGGAAGCGUCUGCUCCGUCUGCGCCUGGGUUCAGGAAUAAAGAGAAGGUUCUCGUUACUUGUUCCCGUCGGAUUAGUUUCAGGUAUCGGCAUCUGAUGUUGAACAUAGUUUCACUUCUGCCUCAUUGUAAGAAAGAUAGUAAGGUGGAAGCUAAGAGCAGUAAAGGCGCGACUCUUAAUGAGCUUGUUGAGCUUAAGGGCUCUUCUUCCUGCUUGUUCUUCGAGUGUAGGAAGCAUAAAGAUCUUUACAUGUGGAUGGUCAAGUCCCCUAGUGGACCUUCUGUUAAGUUCUUGGUUAAUGCUGUUCACACAAUGGAGGAGCUGAAACUCACUGGAAAUCAUCUGAAAGGAUCACGCCCUCUCUUGACGUUCUCAUCUAACUUUGAUAAAGAUGUACACUGGAAACUCUUGAAAGAGAUGUUAACACAGGUAUUUGGAAUCCCCAAGGAACACAGAAAGUCUAAACCUUACCAUGACCAUGUUUUUGCCUUCUCCAUUGUCGAUGACCAUAUCUGGUUCCGUAAUUACCAGAUAUCAGUACCUCAUAACGAGGCAGACAAGGUUGCGCGUGGUGGUUUGGAUAAAAUGACCCUUGUCGAGGUUGGUCCAAGGUUUUGUUUAAACCCGAUUAAGAUCUUUGGAGGAAGCUUUGGAGGUCCAACCCUUUACGAGAACCCAUUCUACGUAUCUCCAAACCAGAUCCGAGCAUUGGAGAAAAGGAAUAAAGCUGGGAAGUUUGCAAAGAAGAUCAAAGCAAAAAGGAGGAAAAAGAUGCAUGAGAUUUCAAACCCACUGGAGCCUGAUGAGUUUGCAGACAUGUGGAAGGAUGAUGAAUGAUCAAGUUUUUCUUGUUGUAAACUUCCAAAUUCACACAACCAUCACUUUUUUUUUUGUCUUUUUACUGUUCUCGACUCUGUUUUUAUCUUUCCCUCUUAUGGAUCAAAAGUUGACAUUUUUCUAGCAAA